UUUGCAAUGAUAAGGGAACAGGGUUCUGCAUCCAGACCUCAGCUUCUGGACAUGCAAAUGUUUCAGAUCUUUCGUCUUCUAGUAAUUAGGGUUGAUAGAUAUGAAUGCUUUACCAAAAUUGAUUUGUUGAAGUCAAUUACCAGCGGUGAUACGGUAGGUUUGACUGGUGAACCGUAUAAACCUGUCCCCAGAGCUGGCUACCAAACUCGGAGGAAGGUUGCGGUUUUGGUUAUGGCGAAAUCGGCGGUCCAGACAGCCGGUCAGACGGCUUCGUGCCUGAGACAGCUUGCUCCGUGCCUCGGUUACCUGAAUGGAACAAAGGAAGUGCCCGAAAUCUGCUGCGAUCCGCUGAAAUCGGUGAUAAGGAAAGAUCCAGAGUGCUUGUGCCGUAUGAUAAGCAACCGAGGGAGUUCUCAGGCGGAACGUGCCGGCAUUGACGUGAACGAGGCUCAGAUGCUGCCUGCGAGAUGCGGAGAGCACGUGAACCCCCUCGCCUGCUUAACCGGAGCCAAAAGAUCAAGAAAUUCCGACCAAAGCUCCUCCAGUGCUGGCCUCUUUAUGGGGUUUUACUGCAUUAUAGCAGCCGCUAUUUCCUCAUUUGUUCUUCAGAUUUGUUGAAUGCCAUGGCUUAUUAUUACCAUUCUUCUGUCAGAAAAUUUGAUGUUGGUUGAUUUUACUGUUGCUGCUC